AUGUCGAACAAAUUAGACGCGAUGAAGCCGCAGAGGAAGAUUGAGCUCUUUUCAGGCUCAUACUUUGCGGCGUGUACAAUGGGUGGUAUUAUCGCGUGCGGGCCUACACAUACUAUGGUUACCCCGCUGGAUCUGGUAAAAUGCCGCCGUCAAGUCGACUCCAACCUCUACAAAUCCAACUCGCAAGCCUGGAAAAUGAUCUAUUCCAAAGAGGGUCUGCGCGGUGUAUUCUUUGGUUGGACACCCACUUUCAUCGGCUACUCCAUGCAGGGGGCUGGCAAAUACGGUUUCUACGAAGUCUUCAAGUACCUGUAUGGUGAGAAGCUUGCUCCCGGCGCCCCGCAAACGGUUGUAUAUCUCGCUGCCUCCGCUUCCGCCGAAUUCCUCGCCGAUAUUGCCCUGUGUCCUAUGGAGGCAAUCAAGGUCCGGAUGCAAACGACCAUGCCACCGUUCGCAAACACACUAAGGGAAGGCUGGUCGAAAGUGAUCAAGGAAGAGGGCGUUGGCGGUCUUUACAAGGGCCUGUAUCCUCUGUGGGCGCGUCAAAUCCCAUACACCAUGGUCAAGUUCGCUACGUUUGAAGAGACUGUCAAGCAAAUUUACGGCUUCUUGGGUAAGCCAAAAGAGUCGUACGGAAGUCUACAGCAAACUGGUGUGAGCUUCCUCGGUGGAUACAUCGCUGGUGUUGGAUGCGCGGUCGUCUCGCACCCUGCAGAUGUCAUGGUCUCGAAGCUCAACAGCGACCGGAAGGCCGGCGAGGGCGCUGGCCAAGCUAUUGGCAGGAUAUACGGCAAGAUCGGUUUCGGUGGUCUUUGGAACGGACUGCCUGUCCGUAUCUUCAUGAUUGGUACUUUGACUGCGUUCCAAUGGCUUAUCUACGACUCCUUCAAGGUCUACCUUGGUCUACCUACUACCGGUGGCCACUAA